AUGCAAAAUGUUUAUUUUGGGAACAAAAUAAAACUAACAUUAUUCUUUGUUUUUGUUGUGUUUUUAAAAUUAUAUGAUAAAACUGUAGCAUAUAAUUUAUCUAGGAAUAUAGAAAAAUUAAGCUAUAUAUUAAAUUACCAAAACUUAAAUGGAAACAUAAAUGAUAAGAUAAACAAAACGUGUUUGAAGAAAAAAGCAUUCAAAAGAAAUUUUAUAAAAAAUUUUAAUGAUGAUGUUAAAGUAAUUAGAGAGGAUAUUUCAUCAGAUAGUUCACCUGUAGAAAAAUAUAAUUUUAAAGCAGAAGUUAAUAAAGUAAUGGACAUAAUUGUUAAUUCUUUAUAUACCGAUAAAGAUGUUUUUUUAAGAGAGUUGAUAUCAAAUGCAUCAGAUGCAUGUGAUAAAAAAAGAAUUAUAUUAGAGAACAAUAAAAUGAUGAAAGAAGCACAGAAAUUAAGAGAAUCAGGAGUUAACACAGAAUUGAAUAUAAAGGAUGAUGUAGAAACUCAAGAGGAAAUAGAAAAAAAAGAGGAAAUGGAAAAAAAAGAUGAAAUGGAAAAAAAAGAGGAAGUUGAAGAAAUUGAUGAAAGUAAAAAAUUGAUAAUAAAAAUAAAACCUGAUAAAGAAAAAAAAACAUUGACAAUAAUUGAUAAUGGAAUUGGUAUGGAUAAAAAUGAAUUAAUAAACAAUUUAGGAACAAUAGCUCAAUCAGGAACUGCAAAAUUUUUAAAACAAAUUGAGGAGGGAAAAGCAGAUAGUAACUUAAUUGGUCAAUUUGGUGUUGGUUUUUAUUCAUCUUUUCUUGUUUCUAAUAAAGUAGAAGUAUUUACAAAAAAAGUUGAUAAAAUUUUUAGAUGGUUUUCUGAUUUGAAUGGUAGUUUCAGCGUGAACGAAAUAAGGAAAUAUGAUCAAGAAUAUGAGGAUAUAAAAAGUAGUGGAACAAAAAUUAUUUUAUAUUUAAAAGAAGAAUGUGAUGAAUAUUUAGAAGAUUACAAAUUAAAGGAAUUAAUAAAAAAGUAUUCUGAAUUUAUUAAAUUUCCAAUUGAAAUAUGGUCAGAAAAAAUAGAUUAUGAAAGAGUUCCUGAUGAUUCUGUAUCUUUAAAAGAUGGAGAUAAAAUGAAAAUGAAAACAAUUACAAAGAGAUACCAUGAAUGGGAAAAAAUAAAUGUGCAACUGCCAAUAUGGAAACAGGAUGAAAGAAAAUUAACAGAAAAUGAUUAUUAUAGUUUUUAUAAAAAUACUUUUAAAGCCUAUGAUGAUCCAUUAGCUUAUGUUCAUUUUAACGUAGAAGGACAAAUUUCCUUUAACUCAAUUUUAUACAUACCUGGUUCCUUACCAUGGGAAUUGACUAAAAAUAUGUUUGAUGAAGAAUCAAGAGGAAUAAGAUUAUAUGUGAAAAGAGUUUUUAUAAAUGAUAAAUUUUCAGAAUCUAUUCCUAGAUGGUUAACCUUCUUAAGAGGUAUUGUAGAUAGUGAAAAUUUACCAUUAAAUGUUGGAAGAGAAAUUUUACAGAAAUCUAAAAUGUUAUCAAUCAUUAAUAAAAGGAUUGUUCUUAAAAGUAUUAGCAUGAUGAAAGGACUAAAAGAAAGUGGUGGAGAUAAAUGGAAUAAAUUUGUUAAUACUUUUGGGAAAUAUCUCAAAAUUGGUGUUGUAGAAGAUAAAGAAAAUCAAGAAGAAAUAGCAUCUUUAGUUGAAUUUUAUUCAAUCAAUAGUGGCGAUAAAAAAACAGAUCUUGAUACAUAUAUAGAAAAUAUGAAAGAAGAUCAAAAAUGUAUUUAUUAUAUUUCAGGAGAAAAUAAGAAAACUGCUCAGAAUUCACCCUCUUUAGAAAAGCUUAAAGCUCUGAAUUAUGAUGUUCUAUUUUCUUUAGAACCUAUAGAUGAAUUUUGUUUAUCUUCCUUAACAGUUAAUAAAUAUAAAGGAUAUGAUGUUUUAGAUGUAAAUAAGGCUGAUUUAAAAUUAAAAAAGGAAAAUGAUCAAAACAAAAAUGAUAAUUUAGAUAAAUUAAAAAUGCAGUACGAAAUAUUAUGUAGAUGGUUACAUAAUAAAUUUUCUCAUAAAGUACAUGAAGUCAGAAUAUCAGAUCGUUUAAUUAAUUCUCCUGCUUUAUUAGUUCAGGGUGAAAUGGGUAUAUCCCCUUCUAUGCAAAAAUAUAUGAAGCAACAAGCUACUGCUCAAGGAAUUUCAGAAAAUGAAAUGUUUGGAGGUCAAACAGCAAAUCAGCCAGUUUUAGAAAUUAAUCCCAAUCAUUUUAUUAUUAAACAGUUAAAUCAUUUAAUACAAAUAGAUAAAAUGAAUUCACAAAUUUCAGAAAUUGCAGAACAAAUUUUUGAUAUUGCAUCUAUGCAAGGAGGAUAUACAAUAGAUGAUACUGGUUUGUUUGCAAAAAGAGUUAUAAAUAUGAUGGAACAAAAUGCACAAGCAUAUUUAAUGAAUGUUCAAAAGAAUCAAGAAGAUAAUACAGAAACUAAUUUACCUACUGAAAAUUCUAUAGAAAAAAAUACUUCUAAUGAUUCGACACAACAAAAUAGUUUAAUCCAAAGUGAUGCUAAUCAAAAAAGUUUAAAUGAAAAUGAAGUAAAUAAAAGUUAUGAAAAUCAAAUUGAUACAAGCAAAAAUAGUAUGAAUGAAAAUAAUACUAAUCAAGAUGAUUUAAAUAAAGUAGAUUCAAGUCAAAAUGACAUAGAUCAAAAUUCCUUAAAAGAUAAAACACAUAGUAAUUGA